UGUCAAAUUAAAAUCAAGUUCAUUUUUUCAGCGCCUUGCAUCGAUGUCCGGUGAUCGUGUUUCGUGCCGCUAAAAGCAAACGUGGGGCGUGUUCUUUUGCUAAACUCAAUAGAAACCUUCUGUAGCACGGGUGUGAGAGUUGUGGCUGAGCUGAAUCUUGAGAAAUAGUAUUUGACAGUCACAAUAUUAGUUAACAUCGCUCUUCGUGUUUCCACACUGUUACCAGGGCGAUGGCUGACUUGAGUUUCAUUCCCGACCUCCCCAGUGGGCCUCUGGACUGCUACAGAAGUACCGCAUCCUUUGAUUGGAAACAAUUAAAGCUAAGCUUAGAAGGAGACCUUGAUUUGUUGAAAUUGAAGUACAAGAUAUGGAAGACUUUAGAGAAGGACCUCCUGUUUGCUCCACCCUCCGUGACACCCUCAGUGGAAGAACAGAAAAGAAUCACUCAACUGCAACUUAAAAAAAUAAAUAACUACAAAUUCAUGACAUAUGAAAUGUUCAAGUCUAGUUAUAGCAAAAGGACGCGUGCAAUAAUGACGAUCAACGAGGCGGUGCAGUCCGUGAACCCCAGCGUGUCAGUGAAGAUGGCCAUCGGCAUCUACUUGUUCUCCAACGCGCUCCUGUCACUCGGCACUGAGCGGCACUACAAGUUCUUUGAGGCCACCAUUUGGAACCGGGAGAUACUAGCGAGCUUCGCGCUGACAGAAGUGGCUCACGGCAGCGACGCGCGUCUCAUGUGCACCACGGCUUCCUAUGACCCCAAGAGCCGCGAGUUCGUGGUACACACCCCAGACUUCAAGGCCGCUAAAUGCUGGGUUGGUAAUCUAGGCCGCACCUGCACACACACGCUGCUAUUCGCGCAGCUCAUCACGCCAGACGGCACCAACCACGGACUGCACGGGUUCGUGGUGCCGGUGCGAGACCCCGCCACGCUGGAGACUUACCCCGGGCUGGUGGUGGGGGAUAUGGGAGAGAAGAUUGGGGUUAAUGGCAUUGAUAAUGGGUUCAUAAUAUUCAACCAGUACCGGAUACCUCGGGAGAACUUGCUGAACAGAACUGCUGAUGUCACAGAAGAUGGCGUUUAUGAGAGUUCCUUCUCAGAACCAUCCAAGAUGUUAGGGGCUGCACUAGAGAACCUUUCCGCAGGUCGCAUAGGCAUAAUGCAGGAGAGUUGCCACACGAUAUCGAGCGCUGUGGCUAUAGCAAUAAGGUAUGCGGCCACGAGGAGGCAGUUUGGCGCUAAAGAUGACGAAAUACCACUUCUAGAGUAUGAGUUACAUCAAUGGCGUCUUUUCGGCUACGUGUCAGCAGCAGUCGUGUUCCGAGUGUACAUAGAGAAGUUCGCAAGAAUAUACCUGAAUAUUGUAGAGAAGUCAAACGCGGGACUCAAAGUGGACAACUUGAGCGCGGCGGUUUCAGAGAUCCACGCGAUGGUGUCGUGCAGCAAGCCGCUGCUCACGUGGACCACGCUUGACGCCGUACAGCAGUGCCGCGAGGCCUGCGGUGGCCACGGCUAUCUGAAGUGCGCAAACCUGGGCGACCUCCGCUGCAACCACGAGCCGACCGUCACCUACGAGGGAGACAACAACGUGCUGUCCCAGCAGACCGGCAACUGGCUGCUGCGGCAGUACGAGCAGGCGGCCGGCGGCGUGGACUCCCCGCUCGGGACUGUGACCUUCUUGACCAGGUGCCAGGAUAUACUGGAAGACAAGUUCUCGUGUGACAGGACUGAGCAGCUGAAGGAUGUCAAAUUCAUAACAUCAACAUACCAAUGGCUGCUGUGCUGGCUACUGAAGGAAACACACCAACAGUACGAAAGCGAGGUAUCUAAAGGACAGUCGAAGUUCGAAGCAAAAUCCAAAUGCCAAGUGUACAGAUGGAAGACAUUAUCCAGGGUCUACGCAGAGUACCUCGCUAUUAUAUUCUGUUCAGAGUCUGUCAGUCAGGAAGAUACAGGACUGAGGCCGGUGUUAAAUAAGUUGCUAGUUAUGUAUGGACUGUGGUCUUUGGAUCAGCAUUUGGUGGAAUUAUAUCAAGGUGGUUUCGCAAGCGGCGACUCUCUAGCGCGCCUGCUGCGGGAGGCCAUCUUGGAAAUGUGUGCGCAGCUGAAGCUCGAGGUGGUGAGCGUGGUGGACGCGCUCGCGCCCACCGACUUCGUGCUCAACUCUGUGCUCGGGAAGAGCGAUGGAAAUCUAUACAAGAACCUGCAGAAGGCUCUGUUCGGCGGGCCGGGCGCCAUGGAGCGCGCCUCCUGGUGGCGGGAGGUCGUCAACUCGGCGCCCUCCAAACUGUGAGCUAACACGGGUUAUAAUAUUGAUAGUUUGGGUUAAGUUUGAGGCGAAACUUGAGGGAUUGUUAAUUGGGGUAACGUAUGCGGCUGUUGGUUUUCAUGAGUGAAAAUACGUCAUGUUACCUUUCAGGAUGUUUUUCGGCACAAUUUUUAUUGAUUUUGCUUGUACUUUCGAGUGAAAAGUUAGAUGUUUCUAUGUGCCAUACGGGAUUUGAUAAGUCAUGCAAAACGGCCUUUGGUUUAGUUUUUAUUUGUAUCACUGUUAGAAGUAAAGAUAUCUAAUGUAAUAGUAAUAGAAUUUUAUAAAAUAUUCAUCUAAAUGUCGUGUAAUUGUUAAAAACAGGGACUUCAUUCUAUAGAAAAUAAUUAAAUUUUAUCAAAUGUGUUCUACUAAUGUAAUUAAUAGACCACUAAUUGUAGAUGAAUCGUUCACCAUCAUAAAAUUUUAUAUAAUAGAGAAUAGUUCUGUAAGCAUUCCAAAAUAACAAUGUUCUUGUCUGUUGUAUGCAUUUUUUUUAUCUUGCACAGACUUAACCGACUCUAUCCAUGUAUUUAUAAUCGUUAGAUAGAGUAUAUAAUAUGUUUGUACGUUGUACCUAGUUAGACGUGCCAAACAUUCUCGAUUAUUCAAGAAUAGUAUAUAAAAACAUUUUAAAAUGAUUUAUAAAGAAAAAAGUAAGUAUGUAUUGACACAGUGCAGUGCAACAGUGCAAGAAACACGAAUGGCUUAUACAUUUAAAAAAAAUCCAGGAAAUAACCAGGAAUUUAUUUUUUAUUAGGUAUUUCCAGAUGUUUUUUGAAUUUUGAAACGAAUACUCACCGGUAUGUUUGUAAUGAGUCGCUCUGGUAAUAUUGACAAUCGUACAAUGUGGUCUAAAUAUAAAAUUUAAACUAAUUUCAUCAAAACACAUUUAUGCUUGAAUUAAGUGAAUGUUAUGUAUGUUACCAAAUGUGGUAUCUUUCAUAUAUUUAUGUAUAGGUACUUGAUUUUUUAUCGCACCUAUUAUGCACAUAGUGAUUUAACUGCACAUUUGUGCGUUUUGUUAUACCUCGUUUAAGAAGUAUUAUAUUCUGUUAUAUUUCCAACAGCUAUGGUCUAGAUCUAGACUAAUGACUAGGUAUAUAAUAAAUUAACUAUUUAGUUCAAUUUAUUUCACAUAAUUAUUGUUUGAGCGAGAUGUGUAGUGUCAUAAUUUGUAAAUGCGCAUUUAUUUUGUACUAAAUAUAAUUUGAAAUUAUUCUGUUACUGAAAUAAAUAUAUUUUUUAUAUUUUAAUAUUCAUGGCCGAAAUGAAAUUAAAGUAAUUUUGUAUCUAUAAAAAUAUGGGAUUAAUCUGAGAUUUCCAAAAUAUUUUAAAUAAAUAAUGUUAUUAUUCUUUUUUCGUAUAAAGAAAUUAUGUGAAUAAAUUCAAAUCACGGUAUACCUACAAAUUUAACGAUUUAUUUUUGUUUAAGAUUUUAUGAAAUUGUUCAAAUGUUAAAAUCAUGGUAACAGAAGGAAUUUAUGCUUUUAAAUAAACUUGAUCAUUCCUUCAAACCGUCUAGAUAUUUUUUUAUAUUUUAAUAUUAAUAUUGUAUAGAAAAUUAUAUGUGUACCUAUAUCACUCCUUAGAAGUGCCUUCCACUAUUAAAAUAUAUAAUUAUACCUAUAUGUUAGUUAGUGUUUGGUGUUAUUUUUUAGAUAAGCUAAAUGUUCGUAAUGAGAAUUUGUUCUCCGAAAAUAAAUAAAUAUUAUUAAUAAUAA